GAGGAGGCCCCCCUCAAAAAAAAAAAAAAAGUAUAUGGGCUAAAAGCUUUUCCAGCCUCAAAUCGAAUCGACUGAGUCUCUCUCUUCUUUGUUUAGUAGCAGUAGGGCAUAAUAAUCGCCUACUUCGCAGCCCAAACCUGCUCCUAAGAUCUCCAUCUCCGACUCCACCUCCCCGGCGAUAUGUCUCAGGUCGAUAACAGAAAUUCUUCAGCUGCAAAGCGUGCUCGAACUGAUGGUAGUCGAAGGGAAGAUGAUUGGACCUGCCCUAGCUGUGGAAAUGUCAACUUUUCAUUUAGGACAACUUGCAAUAUGCGUAAUUGCACUCAGCCAAGGCCAGCCGAUCAUAAUUCGAAAUCUGCUGCCAAGCCUAUCCAAGCCCCACAAGGUUACUCCUCAUCUGCACCUUAUAUGGGUUCUGGUGCUCCAUCAUCGAUGUAUCUUGGUGUCCCACCCUAUGGUCCAUCUCUCUUUAAUGGUUCAUCUAUUCCUCCUUAUGAUGUUCCAUUUUCCGGGGGAUCAGCUUAUCAUUACAACUACAACAACCGAUUAUCUACAGGCAGCCCUUAUAGACCUUUGCAUUUAUCUGGACCGACACCUUAUUCAAGUGGUUCAAUGAUGGGUAAUGGUGGGAUGUAUGGUAUUCCCCCAAUGAUGGAUCGAUAUGGACUGGGUCUACCCAUGGGGCCUGCAGCUAUGGGCCCAAGGCCUGGAUUUUUUCCGGAUGAUAAAUUACAAAAGAAGGGUGCAGAUGCCACACGUGAUAAUGACUGGACAUGCCCAAAAUGUGGAAAUAUUAAUUUCUCAUUUAGAACUGUUUGCAACAUGAGAAAAUGCAACACGCCAAAGCCUGGCUCCCAGGCAUCAAAGUCUGACAAAAAUUCAAAACAAAAGAUGCCAGAAGGUAGCUGGAAGUGUGAGAAAUGCAAUAACAUAAAUUAUCCAUUCAGAACCAAGUGUAACAGGCAGAACUGUGGGGCUGAUAAACCAGCUGACUCAACCAAGACUCCUUCUCCUACACCAGAUGAAAAUGAUCAGGUUCGUUGUGUCGAACAUCUUCUAUGUAUAUCCUCAUCUAAAUUGAAACCGCUAUGGCUCUUUGUUAAUUUCACGAACAGCACAAUUUUUUAUAUUCUAUUGAAGCUACUCACACUCAGGUUAAGGGAUCAACUAAGGUUACACAUUUUUGUUCUUUUUAGAUCUCUGUAUAUCUUUUUCCUGAUGGCUUUUGAAUUAAUUUAUUUUCUUUUCCUAUCUGUCCCUUGCAUCCUUUAAUUUAAAAAUUGUCUACUGUUCCAGUGAGUUCUAGAACAUGUUUGAGGGUUGAGAAGGUCCAGAGUCGUCCAGCAUUGCUCAUUGUGGGUGUCUGAAAGUCAGUCUUGUCGUCCUCAUGUUGCAGCGGUUGUCAAGUUACUCUACCUUCUCAUGAUAUGUGUCAAGUUGUUGUAUUAACUGCAAUGGUAUUUGUGAUCUUUGUGGAUCAUACAAUGCAUCUUGUGUCAGCCAGUAUGAUCUGGUUAAAAGAUUUACAGGUUGGUUCUGGUUUUUAAUAGUUAGUAGGCCUUGUACUUUUAGAAUCAGCCAGUAUGAUCUGGUGCAUGUUAGAAAUGUUCCCAAUAGCUUAAAGGUUGCUAAGGUGGUCUACCUUUUCUGGUUUUCAUUGAUCCUAAAUCUCUUCACCAUUUCUUAAGAAAUAGAUUAGCGGGUGCUAAGGUGAUAAA